AUUCCCAGACCAAGUCGAAGCUCAAACACAGAGAGACAAGCUCAAAAACUCACCAAUUCACAAAAGCAAGCUAAACCCACCAAUCCAAUGCGCUUUUAAGGCCGUCUGAUGAGCAUAAAACUUGUUACAUCGCGGAGAAAAUGGACGGUCUUGCUCUCACCGUUGCUCAAAAACUCACCAAUUCACAAAAGCAAGCUAAACCCACCAAUCCAAUGCGCUUUUAAGGCCGUUUGAUGAGCAUAAAACUUGUUACAUCUCCGAGAAAAAUGGACGGUCUUGCUCUCACCGUUGCCACUGCCGGUACAGUCUUCUCAUCUUCUUUCUGUACGUUUCGGCGGAUACCCAUUUGCACAUUUUCGUUCAAAACGAGAAGAAGAGUGAUAAAGACUAGAAAUUUUUGUCGAGGGUCCAAAAGAUUUGCAGUUUUUGCUUCGAAAGAAGAGCCCAAGCUCGACCCUUUGGACCAAAUGGAGCUCCAGUUCGGACGCUUGCUCGGUGAGGACCCAAAACUCACCCUUGCCAAGAUAAUGGGUAGGAAAGCAAAUCCUGAUGCUACUUUUAUUGACAUAGAGAAGAGUUUUUACAAGAACAAGGGUAAAAUGGAUGAAGUAAAAGGAGUCCCUAUUGAUUGGGCUAAAGAUGGGCAGUCAUCAAGUUCAUUGGAUGGCCUGAACUUGAUUCGGCCUGUUCCAAAGAAAGGAUUUGAGUUCAAAUCUGAUGAUAAUGAUAAGCCAAUUGUAUCUAAGAUUAAAAAGCCGAGUCGGUCAGUUGGGAAGGCUGCAGAAGGCAUUAAACAUAGUGUUCCUAAUGUUAUUUUGAGGAAGCCCAAUAUGGUCAAUGAGCCUGAUGUUGAUGAUAAACCAUCUAGGUUGAGACUUAGACCAAAUUUGUCGUUGAAAAUGAGGAACCGGCAAGCAAAGGAGGAAUUUAGUGACAUGACAUUGUUGCGCAAACCUGAACCAAUGAGUGUGAAUGAAAGUAGUGAUGCAAAAGAAGAGCGCAAGGAUGAUGUGAGUGACGUUACUUUGUUAAACAAGCCCAAAGCAAUUGAUAUCAAGACACAGAUUGAAAGUUCCGCAGAGCAGGUUGCUAGUGUAGAUUAUGUAGAGUCUGAUUUAGUUUCUGCAACCGUAACUAAUGGCUCAAAACGGUUGUCGGAGUUGACUGGAAGUGCCAAUGUAACACCUAGCAAUCAUGAGGAAUCAGUGGAGAUUUCAUUUACUGAGAAACCUACUCGAUUACAGCCAGAUGAGCCAAGUGUUGUAAGUUCCGGUGAGGAGAAGAUAGAGAAGGGACUUCCUCAUACAAGUUCAGUUUUUUCCAGUGCCAACUUGUCCGUGGAAGCUGCACUAGUGGGAAAACCAAAAAGAUUAGACCAAUCUGUGAAAGGGACAUCAGUUAGUCCUGUAAGUGCAAAGAAACCUAUUGGAUCUGAGAAUGUUCUUGUUAAAUCACCUGUGGAGGGAAUUGAAGAUGCUGAUUGGACUAGAGCAGAAGGCCUUCUAAAGACAGGAGAUAGAGGAGAGGUGGAACUUAUAAGCUGUAGCACGAGAGGUUUCGUUGUAUCUUUUGGUUCUUUAAUUGGAUUUCUUCCAUACAGAAACCUUUCGUCCAAGUGGAAGUUCUUGGCUUUUGAGUCAUGGUUAAGAAGGAAGGGUUUAGACCCAUCAUUAUACAGGCAAAAUUUAGGAAUUAUCGGGAAUUACGAGGCUGCAACCAAUAGUUCUCUUCUUAGAUCAAGCAUAGAUCCGAAAAUUGAUAUAGAAGUUGGAGGAGAAAUUUCACCAGAUAUGAAACUGGAAGAUCUUCUCAAGAUUUACGAACAAGAGAAAAUUAAGUUCUUGUCAUCAUUUGUUGGCCAGAAACUCAAAGUAAAUGUACUGUUAGCGAACAGAAAAUCUGGAAAGCUUUUAGUCUCACUAAAGCCAAAAGAAAAGGAGGAGUUGAUUGAGAAAAAGAGAAGUCUUAUGGCUAAACUUCAAGUUGGGGAUGUUGUCAAGUGCUGCAUUAAGAAGAUUACUUAUUUCGGUAUUUUUGUGGAGGUUGAUGGAGUACCGGCAUUAAUACAUCAGACAGAAGUAUCCUGGGAUGCCACACUGGAUCCCGCGUCAUAUUUCAAAGUUGGCCAGAUCGUGGAGGCAAAAGUUCACCAACUGGAUUUUGCACUUGAUCGCAUAUUUCUAUCACUAAAGGAGAUUAUGCCUGAUCCAUUGAUAGAGGCCUUGGAAUCUGUGGUGGGUGAUCAUGAUCCCUUAGAUGGGAGACUUAAAGUGGCUGAAGCAGAUACUGAGUGGGCUGAUGUGGAAUCUCUCAUUAAAGAGUUGGAACAAAUUGAAGGGAUCGAGUCUGUAUCGAAAGGCCGCUUUUUCAUGAGCCCGGGUUUAGCUCCGACAUUUCAGGUUUAUAUGGCAUCCAUGUUUGAGAACCAGUACAAGUUACUUGCAAGAUCGGGAAACAAAGUACAGGAGGUAAUAGUUCAAACGUCAUUGGGUAAAGAAGAGUUGAAAUCUACAAUUCUAACAUGUACCAACAGAGUGGAGUAGUUAGUCUAAUUCCAUGGGCUUUUCCAGAAUAUAUUACAGUCUGAAAAAACAAAAGAAAGAAAAUCAUAUCAAA